CAGUUAGUAGCGAUCUAGAUUAUUAGCUAAAUAGCUCAUGAGAACCAGAAAGCCGAACCAUUUUCACUGCCCAGCCUCAGUGAAAUGCAAAACAAUAACCAGCAUUCAGGGGAGAAGGGAUUUAAAGCUCUCAGGCAAACUGACUUUAAGCGUGGCCAUCAGCACAGGCUGGGAAUUGCGUGCAAGUUUGACCCGCAGAAGCCUAGGCCACACAACCCCCGCCCCCCCAUUGAAAACGACUCCUCCUUUCCCUAUUGGUGGAGAGCAGCCCAGAAACAACUCGUCAGCCAUUGGCUCAGCCAAUGAGCAGCCGGAACGUUAGUUCCGUGUCAAGCAGCCAAUGGGAGAAAAGGUUGAUGUUUAAAAAAGGCCCCGCGAGUGGGGGGGUGUUAUGGCUUGAGGUUCAGGUGGUGUCUGCCUGCGUCAUACAGUUGGUUGAUACGUUGCUGUCUCCUCUAAGAAUUGCAUUGUUCUGGCUCCCCCUAGCGCUUCCUGAGGACUCUGGCCAGUGAUCUCAUCACUGAAGAUGACAACCCUUAUAUUCAUAGACAAAGAGAAUGAAGGAGAUGUUGGUGCUCCUUCUAAGGAUCGGCUAAGGUUGUCGUCAGUAUCUUCAAAAGUCUUAUCUGAAAGAUCACAGACCCAGACUCCACUUGUUGGAAGAACAGUUAAUGCAACUCCAGCCAGGUCUCAGUCUGUCAGAAAGGCUCUGGGAAAUGUAAACAGAACUCUGGGAACUACAAACAAGAAGGAAAUUCAAAAACAGAAAAAACAGGCUUUGCCUGCCAAGAAAAUUACUGAAAAGACAACUCAGGUGGAAAGCUGCAGUGUGGCCACUGAAGAAGCCUAUCCAGAAAUUGAAAACUUCUUUCCCUACAAUCCUCUUGACUUUGAGAGUUUUGAUGUUCCUGAAGAACACAGAUUAAGCCACAUGUCCCUGACUGGGGUUCCUCUGUUGAUACUUGACAAAAAUAUACCUGACAGAUGUAUAAACAUGGUCCCUUCACCUGUGAAGCUGUCUCCCAUUUCGUGGGAAUGUGAAUUGCUACAAUCAACUGCCAACUUUCUCUCUACCUUGGAUGAAAUCAUUGACUUGCCACCUUUGUCAUGACUCUAAAAGUGAAUUUGGAAUUUUUUUUAUUGAGCACUGAACAGCUUUGAAUCUUUUUGUAUCCCUUAAUAAUAAAGAAGUAGACUAACUUGCAUAACCUAA